AAUCCUGCUCCGUAGUUAGAUCUAUAUUUGUCAACAACGAAGCACAUGUAUUGUAAGCAAAACUGAUUCCAGAACUAGAUCUAGAAUACAUCUGGGUUAUUCUAAAUCUAAAUAGAUAGACUCUAUAUAGAAUCAUAAAGUUGAACACCAAAAUAACUGUGUUGAAAACAACAACUAAACACUAGAUCCCCUCAGCUGUUUUGAUUGAUUAACACUCAAGACCAUGGGGAAACGGAAGCGCCAAGUGAACAUGAUGAGUCAAAGUGUUUUGGUGAAAGACAGAAAUAAAAAACUUGGACAUAGAUCUGUCGGAAAGGAUUCAUUUUUACACACUACAGAACUAGAGGAUGGUAUCACAUAUAACCGAAUCAACUUUCAGUCUGUCACAGAGCAGAAUAAUUUGGAAGACUUCCUUACAACAGCCGAAAUGGCUGGGAAAGACUUUACUGCUGAGCGACAGAAUGUCCAAAUAGUGACCAAUACUGGGCAGGGUGUCAGACUAACAGCUGAUGACCUAAAGAAAAUAUCAGAGGCCCAAGACACUCACAGAUCACUGUUACAGAUACCUCGGAGGCCAAAGUGGGAUUCCAGUACUACUAAGGAGCAACUGAUCCUUAUGGAGAGAGAUUCUUUUACAGACUGGAGAAGGCAGCUGAAAAUGUUAGAAGACUAUGAACAUAUACAGCUGACUCCAUAUGAAAAGAACCUGGACUUUUGGCGACAGUUAUGGAGAGUUAUAGAACGAAGUGAUGUAAUAGUCCAGAUUGUAGAUGCUAGAAACCCGUUGCUGUUUCGCUGUGAGGAUCUUGACAGAUAUGUCAAGGAAGUAGACUCAAAGAAAACAGUUUUAUUGCUGAUUAAUAAAGCAGACUUUCUGAAUGAAGCUCAAAGGAAUCAGUGGGUCGACUAUUUCAAUAAAGAAGGUAUCACUGCUGUCUUCUUCUCAGCUAAAGUGGAGAAAGAGAUACAGAAGGAGUUGCCUCAAAAAUCAGCAGCCUCAAGCAAGAGUGAUUCUGAGGAUUCUGAUGAGGACAAUGAUGAUGUUCUUGAGGAGGAGAGUGAUGAAGAAGAUGACUCAGAGGAGUAUGAUGAUGAUGAUGAUCAUGAUACUGAGUCACUAGACAAAGACUCAAAUGUUCAGAGUGUUAAUGUUUCUGCUGCCCAGGAUGAUAGACUGGGCUCUAAUGAGCUGGUAGAUAAUAGACUCAAUGACCUUUCUUUACAAGAAAAUGUGAACUCUGGUCAUAGCGGUGAACUUACUAGGUCUUCAGUUAAUAGCUGUCAACAAAAAUCUAAACAAACAGUAACCAAUAACUGUGAUGAAGUCACAUCUAGUGCCUCUUCCACGGCCUCACCUUUGGUCAACAAGGCAGACAUUGUGACGGCGCAGGAGCUUCUGGACAUAUUUCGUAAACUAGCGCAGCCUGCGUCUCAAGGCAAAGAAGUGUCCACCAUUGGAAUGGUGGGAUAUCCUAAUGUAGGCAAGAGUUCAACCAUCAAUGUGAUACUAGAAAAAAAACAGUUGGGUGUCUCUGCUACACCCGGGAAAACCAAACAUUUGCAGACACUUUUCUUAGACGAGCACCUAGUCCUGUGUGAUUGUCCCGGCCUUGUCUUCCCAUCCUUCGUAGCAACAAGAGCACAUUUGGUCAUCAACGGAAUCCUGCCCAUUGAUGAGCUCAGGGAUCAUGUAUCCCCAGUCAGUCUCAUCUGUGAUCAAAUCCCCCGCUCAGUGCUAGAAUCUACAUACAGUCUGAUGAUCCCCAGACCAUCAUCCGAUGAUGUCAACCCAGACAGAAAGCCUACAGCGGAAGAAUUUCUAAGUGCCUAUGGCGCCAUGCAUGGUUACAUGACAGCCAGAGGAACCCCCGACUGCCCAAGGUCAGCGAGAUAUAUACUGAAAGAUUAUGUAAAGGGCAAGCUGUUGUACUGUGAGCCUCCUCCUGGUAUCUCUGGACCAGAGUUUCAGGACAAGGAGAGGAUACUCAAGAUUCAAGAAUUAAAGCCAGUGAAAGCUAGGGUGUCUCAAAUCAGAAGUGAUGUGGACAAGGAGUUUUUCCAGAAAAAUGUGAGCAAAGUCCACUCUAAAGGUGUCAGUCGUCCAGCUCGACCCGAUGGUCUGACCCAGCGGUCGCCUGAUGGAGGGAUGGGCAGUCAGUUGUCCAUCGCGUCCAGUGCCACGGUGAAGCCCUGGAAGAAACACAACAACAAGAACAAGAAAGAAAAGCUACGCAGGGUGCACCGAGACCUUGAUGUUCAUGGUUGAUGGAGUUAUUGUUUUUAGGUCUCAAAACCUCACGGUUUAUAGAUAAUGUAUUUUAUUUCGUGUCGUUGCGAUUCAAAAACUGUAUACAAUCACUUUGGUUUGUAAGAAGAAUUUACCUUGACCUACUUUCAAUGUUAGGUACAUUGAUUAAUUUCAUGCUGAUACAAUAGUGGAUAGCUGCAUGUUUUCGGGUUGUUUGCUUUAGGACAAGAGAAAGUGUAGGCAUGGGCUGUAGCAAUUUUUUUUUUUUGAGAUCAUAUUUGAUAAUAAUGAUACAAACUUGAAUGUCACAGAUAUGUCUUUUUACUCCUUUUUCUUUUUCUCUCUCUCUUCCAAACCAUUCAUUGUUUAGUAUUUAGGAUGCACCUAACAAGGGGCUAAGUUUGAAUCCAGACUUGAGCAGAGUUGUGUUUGCUGAGUGCCUAAAGCAGCAGGGAAACCUCCUAGAUACCCCCUCCCCCCACUGGUUCACAAAAGAUAUAGGACCAUAGAGCACUGAGAUUGCUAUAUAUUAAAAAAUAUUUUUAAAAAAGUAUUUUUAAGGCCAAUUUUGUUUCAGAGUUAUAUUUUAUAUCAAAGUGGAGGCCACUACACUUUUUGAAACCUUUAAUACAAAUCCACUUAAUAAUAGAACUAAUAUCUAAAAGCAUGCAUUAUUUUACAAGAAAGAAACAUAGUACUUGUAAAUUAAAACCCCAAACCAUGACCCCUUCUUUAAAAAUGUAUAUUUAAUAUGCAUGUUUUGUUUAAGAAAUGUAUAUUUCUGUAGAGGGUAAGGCCCGGGAAUAGCAUACUGUUGUAAAUCCUGAGCUGCAUUUAAAUAUUACAAGCACACUACAAACUGACACUUCUUAGUGUUGCCAACUGUAAGAUUUAAAGUUUUGUCAUUAAAAUGAAAGAAAAAAAAAAUUAGUGAAAAAAAAAGUUAAAGUUUCUGACCUGUUGCAAUUCAUUUGCUUUUUUUUUUUUUUUUUUUUUUUUUUUACAUUAAUUGUGGAGGCUCCUCUCUUGUGGAAGCUCCUGAGCAACAUGACCAGUAAAUCCAGCCCUAGGUAAAGAUGACUAGAAAAAUGAGUUGUCCAUCCAUCUCACCAGAAAUCUUGUGUGACAAAGAACACUUUUUGUGCGUUGUAACUAAAUUUUCAGGUUUCUCUUGAGAUACAUUCAGCUUGACUGUAGUAAACAGUCCAAUAUGUCUUGAGAUGUCACGACACACUUUCUCACUAUAGAUAUAGUAUUACAAAAUGACAAUGUGGCUGAUCUUGGGGCUUAAUCUUAUUUUUAUUAAAGGAGCGUCUGUUAUUUAUAAGAUUAUUUGAUGAUGGCCUGGCUUUUAGGGUCUAAGUCUGUGUAGCUCUGACUGAGUCAGUGAGUGUCUGAUAAAUAUUCUGGUACUGUAGUAAAGACUUGAACCUUUGGAUCUUUCAUUUACAACACUGAAAUUGAAUGAAUUUGAUGUGUGAUGAGUGUAUGAUAGAGUUGUGUGAAUUUGUAGCGUGAAUUAUUGAAUGAGAAAUAAAACACCAACUACCUAGA